AUGACGCUGCCCCUCGAUUCAGACAGGUGGAUUGCGUACGCCAUCUUGGACGGGCCACAAAAGUCUAGCUACCAGCGGGCAUCGAACGAUCCUCUCACGGGCGUUGCAGGGUCCUUUAUUGACAUGGGUUCCUCAGACGCAGAAGCGGAGCUUGGUGUCUUCUUGGUGCAAGAACAGAAAUAG